GGAAUUCCCUUUAGACUGAGGGAAUGUUCCUCAGAGGAGCAACAGCCCCCACCAUCACUUCAAGGAUAAGACAAGAACUCCAGCCCAGCCAGCAGAAUGUGUCUAUUGUUCGUCAAGCAGCAAAGCCUUUACUCAGCAUUGGGCUUGUUUGACCAGAACCAUAUCCCAGCAACCGGUUCCUGUGUAAAUGCAAAAUGACUCAGUCUGAACGAGGAAAGUAGUAUCUGAUCACCUGAAAAAAGACCCAGCCCAGCCGUCACCUUCUUUGCUCCUUUUGAGAUGGGGUUACAAGAGUGCGGAGGCUGUCUGAGUUGCCUCUUAAUACCCCUUGCACUUUGGAGUAUUGUUGUGAACAUCCUGCUCUAUUUUCCUGAUGGAAAAACUUUUUACGCCUCCAGCAACCAUCUCACCAACUAUGUGUGGUAUUUUGAAGGGAUCUGCUUCUCUGGUAUUAUGAUGCUUAUGCUGGCAGCAUUUUUAAUAAUAUUGGACCGAGAUGCCUUCCAUCAGUGCUGCCAGAGUGAGAGCUGUACCAAAACAUACAGGAGUUUCAUCUCAGUUGUACUUGCCUUGCUUGGGAUUGCUUUCUCUGGAUACAGUCUGAUCAUAUCUACUUUGGGCUUGGUGCAGGGCCCAUUCUGCAAAACUCCAGAUGGCUGGGAAUAUAUUUUCCAAGACACUGCAGGCAGCUACCUCCUGGAUCACACUUCCUGGUCUCAAUGUUCUGAACCUGCUUUGGUGGUGCAAUGGAACAUUGUUUUGUUUUCUAUUCUAAUAGUUUUUAGUGGCCUCCAAAUAUUGAUCUGCUUUCUGAAAGUGAUUGCGGAGUUAAAGAGGAUACUGUGUGGGACCUAUCCCGUCUUUGUUCAGCCUGCACUGAUCUGACAAUCAAGAGGAAAGACUCACAGUUCUCAACAUGCCAUCAUCUCUCUGGUCACUGGUUUCACCUGGUUGACAGUGUAUUGGGAUGAUAUUAACACAAUUAUCCAAUUUGCUGUGGUUCCUUUCCUCACUCACUUGUUCCUCUGUGUUUCAUAGGAAGUAACUGCCCUGUAUUUUGCAGCUGGUGACUUAGAAUGCUCCACACCAUUCUAAGCAAGUGCACAAUUAUUUGAAUAUCCACACUUUUAAUAUCCUUGUCUUCGUCUCUUCCUCUCUCUUGUGCUUCUUGUCUAUUUAAAUUGUGAACCACCUGGGCAGGGACCUUUUUGUAUUUGGAUAUUGUAAAGCAAUAGGCAUGUCUUAGAUGCUAUAUGAAUAAAUAUUUGUUUCAUAAUAAUAA